CGUUUUGGUGGCAUGAUUUUGUUUUCAGCUCCCACGUGCAUCGCGAUUGGACCCAGGCAAUGAAUGCGGGGUAGCACAAGGAGCGCGAAACGAAGGAAUAUGCGACAUGGUCAUAGCUUCCAGAUGCCUCGGCUCGCUCAACGAUGCACUACUGAUCCACGCAGGCAAGCUCAACAGCAAUUCUUCUGGGGCCUCACUUUGAGCUUUACUUUGAAGAUAGUUCGCCCGCAGUAGAAGAUUCAGCAUUGGAAAGAAUGGCGGGGCAGAGAAAACGCUACGCGCUUAUCACAGGCUGCACGCCUGGAGGCAUAGGCCACUACCUCGCGCUCGAAUUUGCCGCCAAAGGCUUCCACGUCCUCGCUACCGUCCGCAACCCCGCCAAAUACACGCCCCCGAACGACCAGAUAACCUACCUCCCUCUCGAGCUCCCCGGCGAUGACUCCAUAUCGAAUCUACGCGACCGUGUCGCCGAUAUUACCGGCGGACGGCUCCACGUCCUCUACAACAACGCGGGACGUAACUACACCGUGGCCGCAACGGACAUCGACAUGCGCGAAGUGCAGGAGACUUUCGAUGCGAACGUGUUCUCUGUCAUGAGACUUUGCCAAAUAUUCACACCGAUGCUUAUCGAAGCCAAGGGCACCAUCGUACAGACGGGCAGCCUGGCGGGCGUAAUGCCCUACGUCUUCGCUAGCGUGUACGCAGCGUCCAAGGCGGCAUUACACGCGUACUCAGACACACUGCGCGUGGAGCUCGCACCGCUGGGCGUGCGCGUCAUCACGAUCGUGACGGGCGGCGUGAAGUCGAAUAUUGCGCGGACGCAUCGGGAGUUGCCGAAGGGCAGCUACUACGUACCUAUCGCAGAUCAGUACGAGAAGAGGUUGACGCUCAGCCAGCAGAUGGGCAUGGAUACGCAGCAGUAUGCGAGGAGUUGCGUAAGGCAUGUCAUUGGCGGGGAGAGCUGGCUUGGGUUAGUUACGAAAAGGUGGGUAUGGGAGGGGAAGAUGAGCUGGGUUGUGUGGUUCGGGUGGACGUACCUGCCCCGGGGUGUGCUUGACUGGUACUUUAAGUCCAAGUUCCAGUUGGGGAGGCUGAGAGGGACAGUGGGGCCAGAUAAGAAGAGGGUGUGAGGAGGGCUCGGGAAUGCAUGUUGCGCGAGAGUAGGGGAGCCAAAUGCGAGUAUACGAAUUCGGAUUUGGUCAACAA